AUAAAAUUAUAAUUAUUUUCUUUUUUAUUGCCCAUCAAACGAGUCUUUCCAACUGCGUCCUGAGGCAACUACUACCCUGUACCUGGAUAAAAAGUAUGCUAUGUCGUUUCUAAAGUUACAUUACUUUUCUUAUGUAGACUAUCUGUCUGUAUACCAAAUUUUAUGCAAAUCGGUUCAGUCGUUUUGGCGUGAAAGCACAACAGACAGAAUAACUUUUUUAUUAGCGACGAUUUGUCGGCGAGCGUAACGGGAGGAUAUGGUUAGGUGACUGAUUAUCAGGAUAUCCUGGACUGUAGUAUAUUCAGCUAGAAAAAAAAACUAAUCUGAUAUACUUAGAUUUAGAGGGAAGACUGAGUUGUUGGCAAAUGACGCUUCGUGUCACGGGUUUUAUUCCCGCAGGUAUCUAAAUAUCCGCUGAGAAAGUACCUACUAAAAGUAACCUUUUGUGAAUCCAGAUUUCAGCUUCAUUAGGAUUGGGUUUAUAGCCGAAUUCUAAGCUGUUAUAAGUAAUUACCUUGUUCGAUAUUGAUGUAUAUGCGCCGGUCAAGUUUUAUGGUAGUUCCCACGCACCUUUAUCAGUCCCUGUGGUUUUGCACUCGGACUGCCGAACACUGCACCCCUUACUAUUCGGCAGCACCGUAUAAAUUGACAAGCAUCGGUACGACAAACCAUUCCACUUCACAGUUUCUGUGAAGUGAGUUAUUUUUUAUUUCUUUUGAAUAAAAUUAAUUUUAGAAAAAUGGCCGACGAAGAACAAACCCGUCAAAUCAUCGAAAGUUUCAAGUUGCUGUUCGAUCGGCCAAACGAACCUUUGAUUACUCCGAAGGGUGAUAAAAAAGCUCUGUUCCAGCUUACCGAAAAGCUUGUGCCUCCGGAGUAUUCAAACAAUGGCGUCGAAUUAAACGACCGUUUUGGUGAUGACGCCACUGAAAGGAUUCCGCUGAAGACCCUGGACAGAUACCCUCAGUUCACCGUCGCGUCGCAACUGCCUGCCGAUGCCGACUUCUCGCUGUUCCUUCCGAAACACCAGGAGAUGGCCACUGAGGUCAUCGACGCUCUUUUGGGUGUUCCUGAAAAUCAGUUGCAAGACUUUCUGUCAACAUGUGUGUUUGCCAGAGGCAACUUGAACCCACAGCUGUUCAACUACUGUUACUCAGUAGCAUUGAUGCAUCGUAAGGACACCAAGAAUGUGCCCAUACAGAAUUUUGCUGAGACUUUCCCUUCAAAGUUCAUGGACUCGCAAGUUUUCCAACAAGCUCGUGAGACAGCGGCUGUCAUCCCCCAAGAUGUGCCGCGUACACCGAUUAUCAUCCCAAGAGACUACACUGCUACUGAUUUGGAAGAAGAACAUCGUCUGGCCUAUUUCCGUGAAGAUAUUGGCGUUAACUUGCAUCACUGGCAUUGGCAUCUUGUAUAUCCGUUCACUGCAUCUCAGAGAGCUAUCGUUGCUAAGGACCGUAGAGGCGAGCUGUUCUUCUACAUGCAUCAACAACUUAUUGCUCGCUACAACGGUGAGCGCCUCAACAACUCACUUAAGAGAGUCAAGAAGUUCAGCAACUGGAGGGAGCCGAUCCCUGAGGCUUACUUCCCCAAGCUGGACAGUCUUACAUCAUCCCGCGGCUGGCCCCCACGGCAAGCUAACAUGCAGUGGCAGGACUUGAACCGUCCUGUCGACGGACUUAAUGUCACCAUUAACGACAUGGAAAGAUGGAGGAGAAAUAUUGAGGAAGCCAUCUCUACUGGCACAGUGACUAACGCGGACGGCACAACCAGCCCUCUCGACAUCGACAUUCUGGGCAACAUGCUGGAGGCCAGCAUCCUGUCUCCCAACAGGGAGCUCUACGGCAGCAUUCACAACAACGGGCACAGCUUCUCUGCAUACAUACAUGACCCUACUCACCGCUAUCUGGAAAGCUUCGGCGUCAUUGCUGACGAGGCAACGACCAUGCGUGAUCCGUUCUUCUUCCGCUGGCACGCGUGGAUCGAUGACAUCUGCCAGAAACACAAGGAGUCUUCCUACGUACGACCCUACACCCGCUCCGAGCUCGAGAACCCCGGCGUCUCAGUGACAUCGGUAUCAGUAGAGACACAAGGCGGCCAGCCCAACACUUUGAAUACUUUCUGGAUGUCCAGUGACGUGGACCUAUCUCGUGGCCUGGACUUCUCCGACCGUGGCCCCGUUUACGCCCGUUUCACUCAUCUUAACAACCGACCUUUCCGUUAUGUCAUCAAUGUUAACAACACUGGUAUGGCCCGCCGCACCACUGUUCGUAUCUUCAUCGCGCCUAAGUUUGACGAACGUAACUUAGCCUGGGCCCUCUCCGAUCACCGCAAGAUGUUCAUUGAGAUGGACAGAUUCGUGGUACCAUUAAACGCCGGCCAGAACACCAUCACACGUUUAUCAACCGAGUCUUCCGUGACGAUUCCAUUCGAGCAGACGUUCCGUGACCUCUCUGUUCAGAGCAACGACCCUCGCCGCCCCAACUUGGCCGAGUUCAACUUCUGCGGUUGCGGCUGGCCCCAACACAUGCUGGUCCCCAAGGGUACUGAGGCGGGCGCCGCCUACCAGUUGUUCGUUAUGCUUUCGAACUACGAUCUUGACAGCGUGGAACAACCUGACGGCUCACAGUUGAGCUGCGUCGAAGCUUCCAGUUUCUGCGGUCUGAAGGACAGGAAGUACCCCGACCGUCGCGCUAUGGGCUUCCCCUUCGACAGGCCUUCAAGCACAGCCACUAACAUUGAAGAUUUCAUCCUGCCCAACAUGGGACUUCAAGACAUCACCAUCAGACUGUCAAACACGACUGAGCCAAACCCAAGGAACCCAAGAACCAAUUAAAGGACGAUAAUUAUUAACUAAUUGGCAACUUACAAAAGGAAAAUGAAUUAAUAUAGGUAGUAAUAGCAUAAAAAAAUAAAAGGCUGAUAUUUAAGUUGAUAGAGCUAAGUGUAAAUACUGUACAUAAAUUAGGAAAUAAUUUCUAUUAAUUUAAGACCCGUUUACUAAUUUUAUUUGUAAGAUUACAUAAAAUAUAUUCAUAGCAAAAAUA